AUGGGCUGCGCGCAAUCUACCGAGCUCUUCGAUGGCGAGGUCACCCUCCGGGAGUUUGAGUUGCAUCGGACCAUCGGGAAGGGCGCGUUCGGGACGGUUCAAGUGGUUGAGCACAAGCCGACCAAAGCACUGUACGCUGUCAAGUAUGUCAACAAGGCGAAAUGUAUGAGGUCCCGUGCUGUGCAGCACAUACUGCAGGAGAGGCGCUUGUUGGAGAAGAUCCAUCAUCCGUUCGCUGUCAACCUUCGUUUCGCUUUCCAAGAUGAUGAGAACUGUUUCUUCGUGCUCGAUUUCAUGUCUGGUGGCUCAUUAAGACACCAUCUUCAGAUUCAUGGCCGUUUCUCUGAACUCACCGUGCUAUAUUGGACUGCUCAGCUAUCUUCUGCUAUCUCGUACUUGCACAACAACGGUAUAAUCCACCGGGAUAUAAAGCCUGACAACGUUCUUCUCGACAAGUACGGCAACGCACACGUCUCCGACUUCAACAUCGCUGUGUACUCCCGUGACCUAACCAAGCCGCACACCUCCGUCGCCGGCAGCGUCGCAUACAUGGCACCUGAAAUUGUCGACCCUGCAAAGCCCGGAUAUAGUUGGCAGAUUGACUACUGGAGUUUGGGCGUCGUCGCCUAUGAGCUACUCUGGCACCUGCGGCCGUUUGACGGCCCGUCUGCCGAGGCCAUCAUGACAGCACUUCAGAAAACAGACGCUGUCGUCCCUCCCGCUAUCGAUGGCGCCCAGAUGGUCAGCGACGAGGCUGUUGGCGCCAUUCGCAAGUUUCUCACGAAGAAUCCGGCGAAACGUCUCGCUUGCCGGAGCCUGAUGUCCAGCCAUCGCGAUAUACAACGACAUCCCUGGUUCGCACGUCUUAAUUGGAAGGAGCUCGAGACAAAGAAGAGCAAGCUACCCUUUGUCCCACCUGAGGACGAAGCGAAUUUCGACCUCAAGUACGAGUUCGAUGCCUUUGUCCACUCUCGCAAACCGCUUGCGUAUUCCAAGCGUAAAACCCAAACCCAAAGCAUCCCUGCUACCCCUACUGCAUCUCGGAACCAAGACGCCGACUUGUCAUAUCUCGAAGAGCAUUUUACUGUGUACGACUACCGUGCGCCUCCACUGCCUACAUCGGCAGCGCGGGCAUGA